AAUUAACGAAAAAUUCUUUCUUUUCGUUUCCGGCUGUCACUUUGUGCGUGUGUCACACGUGAAUUUUUUUAUAGAAAAAUCACAAAUUUUUUAAAUAAAUAUGGAUAAACCAGUUGUUUGGGCACGUGUUAUCAAAGUUUUGGGCCGCACUGGCUCCCAAGGUCAAUGUACCCAAGUCAAAGUGGAGUUCAUCGGUGAACAAAACCGUCAAAUUAUCCGCAACGUUAAGGGACCCGUACGUGAAGGCGAUAUCUUGACAUUGUUGGAAUCUGAACGUGAAGCCAGAAGACUUCGCUAAAAGGCCGUGU